AUGGAGUUGUGUACAUUUAAUGUCAACUACGGCUACCUUGAAGGAGUAGUUCGAGGCUAUCGGUCCAGCUUUUUGACAGCAAUGGACUACAAAAAGAUGGGAGUCGCAGAAAGUUUGGAAGAUUUAAGGACUGUGCUUGAAUCUACGGAUUAUGCAUCCGUUUUUAUAGAUGAACAAGCUCAAAUCACCACGAAUAUAAUUGCAAAACUGUGUAAAGAGAAAUUGGCGAAUGACUACGCGUACCUCAGGCAACAAUCUGACGGAAAACUCGCCUUAUUUCUAGACUUUAUCGCGAGGGAAAAGAUGAUUGACAAUUUAAUUGCACUAUUGCAGGGAAUAGUGAACAAAACUAAGCCAGAAGAGCUUUUGGAACGUAUUGAUCCAAUAGGCUGGUUUAGAGGAAUAAAGGCGAUUAUAUCGUCAGAACUUGGUCAAUCCACAGAGGAAUUGUAUAGGAUUAUCCUAUGCGACACACCAAUAGGCCCAUAUUUUGAAAGAUACUUAACCACUGUGAAUUACAUGGGUUCAGGUGCUGGAUUUGCAGACAAGAGGUCACCACUGGAUUCUACAAACAUUGCCAUUAUGAAGAGUACGCUGAAAAAGCUUUGGCUUGAGGACUUUUAUAACUUUUCAAUAUCUCUAGGAGGCACUACGGCUGAAGUUAUGAGUCAUAUAUUGAAGACGGAGGCGGAUUUUAGGGCCCUAUCUUUGACCCUAAAUUGCAUAAAUCUAAAUCAGACAAAUACUGUGAUACAAGACAGGAAUAAACUGUACACAUCGAUUGGAUAUCUCUAUCCAUAUGGAACAGAUAAGCUAUGCAAGGCAUACAAUGAAACAACACUUCAAGCUGCUCUUGCACCCUUUCCAAAGUAUUCCCAUCUGUAUGAAGCUUGCAAGUCAAAUCUCAACGGGGCGGAUACUCGUUUGACACGUUACGAUACGGGUGAUAAGUCCCUUGAGGAUCUUAUUUACGCGGAGAGCGUGCGACUUUGCGAGAUGAGUUUUGAGCAACAACUUCACUUUGGUAUAUUCUACGCAUGGGUUAAACUCAAGGAACAAGAGAUCAGAAACAUAAUGUGGAUUGCCGACAUGAUACUUUUAAAACGUCCAGAGCAGAUUUCAAGGGUACUGCCCAUUUUUAAAGCAAGGGUAUAG